GAUCACAUGACUAGUCUGGCGGUCACGUGCACACAGCAGCGGCAAGGACGAUGAGUGUCAGGACGGUGUGGAGUUUGGGGAAUUUGUCCAGGAGUGUCAUACGGGGAGCAGCUCUGCGCCAUGUACAGGCAGGCGGCAGGAGAUGGGGAGGAACGCGACCACGGUGUCCACCACCCUGGUACAGCAUGGGCACACCUCUGUGUGCGAUGAGCGCAGGUAGACGGGCAGGAUCACGUGACAGCAGCCUGCGCCCUCCCUUCAUCCUAAUGAGCGCAGCAUUUUCGAUUUUCUCUAAACUUCACGAGGCGGAUGAAGACCUUUCAGAGCCAGAACAACAGAUAGUUUACCUGUUGAAGAAGGCCAAGCUCAGCAUUAUGAAAGGUGAGAUGGAUGAAGCAGAAGAGAUUUUACAUAGGACUCUUCACCUGGCUCAGAAAAACAAAAGCAACCGUGCCAUUAUUUACACUUAUGAUCUGAUGGCAAAUGUGGCAUUACUAAGGGGCCAGUAUGACAAUGCUGAAAAGUUGUUUAAGACCACCAUGGGGUACAUGCUUGAAAGUGAAAUCAAACAGGAUGACAAUUCAUUUCUUGAGAUCUCACUGAAACUCGCCAGUAUCUACGCUUCUCAAAACCAGAAGCACUUGGCAGUGGCAGGAUAUCAGUUUUGUAUCUUAAGUUUGGAGGAAAAGACUAAGAUGGAAAGAGAUCUGCCACAGGACACGAUCACAGCAGAGGAAAAGACAAACACGCGGCUUCUCCUAGGUUUGAGUCUGGAUUCAUACGCACGUUACCUAGUGAGCCAAUCGCAGCUUUCACAUGCACAGGUCAUGUUGGAGAGAGCACUGCUGAUCUGUAAGGAGGAGCAAGGAGAUCUUCACCCACAGACCAUCACCCUGCUCAAUGACCUGGCCACAGUGAUGGAAGCACAGGGCCGCUAUGAUGAAGCUUACGCCUUUGUCAGCCAAGCACUUCCUCUAGCUGAAAAGGCAGACCAUCCAGAUCACCAUAUCUUGCUCACCAACAUGGCAACGAUUCUCAUGCAUCAAGGAGGGAUGGAACACUUGGCAGAUGCCGAGCGGAUUUUCAGGGAGGCACUGAAAAAGGCAGAGGAGAAAAAGGAUGCCAUAUCUGUUCAGUAUAUCCAAGAAGGACUUUCUAAACUCACUAAGCGGAAGGAGGAAAAAGGCCAAAAGAUCUGAGCGUCCAGGUUAUUAAAAAUACAGACUUCUGUACUAUCCUCUGCCAGUAUGCUGGAUCGUUUGUUAAAUAUGAUAAAGAAUGCAGGUUGGCUGUACAUGGACUUUUUUUUUUUAUUGCUAAACUGUAAAUCACAUUUUUAAUGUGAAACUGUAAAUAAAAUGUUUUAAUUAAUUUCAAA